AUCACCACCAACAACAUCCAACAUGGCGGCGUCUGUCCGGGAGAAGCAGACAGUCGCUCUGAAGCGAAUGUUGAACUUCAACGCUCCUCCUCUGAAGAACACAGGAGCUGAGCCAGUAUGGAAGGUGUUGAUAUACGACCGGUUUGGACAGGACAUCAUCUCCCCGCUGCUGUCUGUCAAAGAGCUGAGAGACAUGGGCAUCACCCUGCACCUGCUGCUUCACUCAGACAGAGAUCCCAUCCCAGAUGUUCCAGCUGUGUACUUCGUCAUGCCCACAGAGGAGAACAUUGACAGGAUAUGUCAGGACCUGAGGAACCAGCUGCAUGAGUCGUAUUACCUGAACUUCAUCUCGGCCAUCAGCAGGAGUAAACUGGAGGACAUCGCCAGCGCCGCUCUGGCCGCCAACGCUGUCACCCAAGUCACCAAGGUGUAUGAUCAGUACCUGAACUUCAUCACUCUGGAGGACGACAUGUUCAUCCUCUGCCACCAAAACAAGGAGCUCAUCUCGUACCACGCCAUCAACAGAGGAGACAUCCAGGACACAGACAUGGAGGCCAUCAUGGACACUAUCGUAGACAGUCUGUUCUGUUUCUUUGUUACUCUGGGCGCCGUGCCCAUCAUCCGCUGUCCCCGUGGCAACGCAGCAGAGAUGGUUGCCGUGAAGUUGGAUAAGAAGCUCCGUGAGAACCUGCGUGACGCCAGGAACAGCCUGUUCACAGGUGACAACAUGGCCGCCGGACAGUUCAGUUUUCAGAGGCCUCUGUUCGUCCUGGCGGAUCGUAACGUGGACAUGGCCACGCCCCUCCACCACACCUGGACCUAUCAGGCGCUGAUCCACGACGUCCUG